UUGGAAGUGAUGAUCUUGUUGUUUAAGCUUUGGGAAAUGUUUUGUUGUUAUUUAAAAAGGGGAGAAUGCGAUGGCAACAGCCAUUUUUCAAAGUGGGCUGUGCUGUAGUUUUGGUUUUGACCCUCGAAUUUUCUCCUUUAAAACGAGGCUGCGGCAUUUGACUCCAAAAUCCCUCGCCCCCUUUUCAUUCUACCCUGCCGCAGCCCUGAUUUGAUCCAUUUUUUCUCUGGUUUUUAGGACAGGAAGAAGGGGGAAGAAGAAGAAGAAGAAAUCGAAGAACUGAGCGAUUUCAGGGAUGGUUGUUGACGAUACGAUGGAGAUGAAAGUUCUUGUCGGUUUUGGAGGCCCUUCAACCUCUCGAUUUCCUGAUGCUUAUCCCAAAAGGGUUUUGAUGGAGGGAAGAUACACUGGGGAUUGACAUCAUCAGAGUGUUUACAGGGUUAUUUUCUUCAGUCGGUGUUUUCUUUUUCUUUCCCUUUUUUCCUAUUCAACUUCCCAGAAACAAAUAUGAGUUCAUAAGAGAUGAACUGAAAUGGGAGAUUCUCUCCUCACAGCCCUUUCACUAGAGAAUCAUCAUCCAUCUACUCUUCUAUUCAUGGAUUCAAGUGCCUCGUCUCACGAAGAACUGGAUUUGGAAAUGAACAGACAGAUCGUUCUUCCCCGUCCUCCUGAUAUAAACUUACCAUUGUCAACUGAUUGCAGCUACACUCUGCAGCCAUGGAAUUCUGAUCAUUGUAAUAUGUUAGAUGUUGGGCUUGCUUCUUCACAAGUUUACGAGACCGAAACUUUUUUAACUGUUCCGAAGGUUGUUCGAAAAUGCACCAAGCGCGUUGACAGCAUCUGGGGUGCUUGGUUUUUCUUUAGUUUCUACUUCAAGCCUGUGUUAAACGAGAAAUCGAAGGCUAAGAUUACCCGUGAUAGCAACGGUGUUUCGGGAUUUGAGAAGUCGGAUCUUAAGAUUGAUGUUUUCAUGGUCCAACAUGACAUGGAGAACAUGUACAUGUGGGCUUUCAAGGAGAGGCCUGAGAAUGCAUUAGGUAAAAUGCAGCUUAGAAGUUAUAUGAAUGGGCAUUCUCGCCAAGGCGAGCCUGCCUUCCCAUUCGGUGCUGAAAAAGGUUUCGUUCGAUCACACCGAAUGCAACGAAAGCAUUACAGGGGCCUCUCAAAUCCUCAGUGUGUACAUGGGAUCGAGGUUGUUAAGUCUCCCAAUCUAAUGUCGCUCGACGAAGAUCUACAGAAGAGAUGGGUAGAACUAACGGGUCGAGACUUAAACUUCGUCAUCCCACCUGAAGCAAGCGGUUUUAGCUCAUGGAGGAACCUUCCUUGCCCCGAUUUUGAACUUGAGAGGCCAGUUCCUUCUGUCAAAAGUGCUUCAAAUCCUCCACCAAAGAAAUUGCUCAAUGGAUCAACACUACAUUUGUCUAACCACAACAGCUAUGAUAUGAUGGAUUCAUCUCCUGUUACCAGCAAGAGGAGGAAGAGUUCAUCUCCUAAUAUGAACGACGAUGAUAGCGUGUUGACAGUCAAUCCUCCCAACUGGGUUUCGGAUAUGGACAAGCACUUGAAUGGUCUGCAGUGGUUGAACGACUUUAGCGGAGUUAUGAAGAACAUUAACGGGCCUGUUACAGCUGCAAAGACGAUAUAUGAAGACAGUGAGGGUUAUUUAAUUAUCAUCAGUUUGCCCUUUGUCGAUCUACAAAGUGUCAAAGUUUCGUGGAGGAAUACGCUCACACAUGGUAUUAUAAAGGUUUCUUGUGUGAGCACAUCUCGUAUGCCGUUCAUCAAGAGGCACGAUAGAACUUUCAAGCUUUUAGAUUCGUAUCCCGAACACUGUCCUCCUGGUGAAUUUGUGAGAGAAAUUCCUCUUCUGACUCGAAUUCCUGAAGAUGCUAACAUUGAAGCAUUCUACGAUGGACCUGGGUCCAUUCUUGAGAUUAUGGUCCCCAAACUCCGGGAAGGUUCGGAAGAACACGAGGUCCAUGUUUGCCUUCGACCACUCCUGGGAGUCAAAUCUAAUGUUAAGUUGAGCUUCAGUUGAGAUCGUGGAUCUAAACAAAGAUUCGAACCACCAACUUCUAAACCGCGCUCUACGUCGAUCAUGGCCAUGGGAAAAGGUAAAGCCAUGUGUUGUCAAUGGCUGAGGCAGUGGCCCACAUUUUCAAGUUGCAUAAACGAUAAAGCAGGUAUAACUGCAUAGCCAUCACCAUGAGGGUAUCCACAAACCCUCUAUUAUUAACUAAAUAU